GGGCGUGGCUCAGUCGCUCGCGGGCGGCGCGCCAUGCCGCACCAUGAGUCCGCCGCACAGCUUCGCCAUCCGCGACCUGUGCCCCGAGGCCAGCUCGCGCAGCCCCUCGCCCGACGCCGACCUCGACGUCACCGGCACUGAGACCCCUCCUCCCACGACCACCACCGAUCUCGAAAAGAAGAAAAACGAAAAACCCGCCUACAGCUACAACGCGCUCAUCAUGAUGGCCAUCCGCAGCAGCCCCGAAAAGAGACUCACCUUAAACGGCAUCUACGAGUACAUCAUGAAGAACUUCCCCUACUACAAAGAGAACAAGCAGGGCUGGCAGAACUCCAUCCGACACAACCUGAGCCUGAACAAAUGUUUUGUUAAAGUCCCGCGGCACUACGACGACCCUGGUAAAGGCAACUACUGGAUGCUGGACCCGUCGUCGGACGACGUGUUCAUCGGCGGCACGACGGGCAAGCUGCGGCGGCGCAGCACGGCGGCGUCGCGCUCGCGGCUCGCGGCCUUCAAGCGCGGCGCGCUGCUGCACCCCAUGCUGGGCGCGGGCUACGCGGGGCUGGUGGGGCUGUGCCCGCCGCUGCUGUCGCUGUACGGGCGCUACCUGCCGCCGCCGCUGCUGCGCCUGCCCCCGCCGGGGCCCUACCUGCCGCUGUACCGCCGCCUGCCGCCCGCCAGCCCGCCGCACCACCACGACCACAGCUGAUUGUAGACGAUGUUGAACUUAGACAAGACUGUGAUAUGGCACGAAUGACUAUGGCAAGUGUAAAAUGUGAGUUCUAUUGUAUAAAGUGGUAUUAUUUAUUCUAAUUUAUAUUUAAUUGAGGUUAUGUUAAGUUAAGAGUAAUAUUAAAUUGAACGCAAUAAAUAUUCUGAGCGGAUCGCUUAUGUAUA